GUGCUCCUAGGCUCCCCCUUCUCCGCUCGGAGCAUAGAUGGUACCUUCCGGAAGUCCGGGCGGAGACUGAGGUUGCGCGUCUCGCGAAAGGGCUGGCGUCGCGGGGCUGGCCACUUCCGCACUUCCGCUUUCCGGCCCAGCCAGCGCCCGCGAUGACUGCCACUCUCCGCCCCUACCUGAGUGCCGUGCGGGCCACGCUGCAGGCUGCCCUCUGCCUGGAGAAUUUCUCCUCCCAGGUUGUGGAACGACACAACAAGCCCGAGGUGGAAGUCAGGAGUAGCAAAGAGCUCCUAUUGCAACCUGUGACCAUCAGCAGGAAUGAGAAGGAAAAGGUUCUGAUUGAGGGCUCCAUCAACUCUGUCCGGGUCAGCAUUGCUGUGAAACAGGCUGAUGAGAUCGAGAAGAUUUUAUGCCAUAAGUUCAUGCGCUUCAUGAUGAUGCGAGCAGAGAACUUCUUUAUCCUUCGAAGGAAGCCAGUGGAGGGAUAUGACAUCAGUUUUCUCAUCACCAACUUCCACACAGAGCAGAUGUACAAACACAAGUUGGUGGACUUUGUGAUCCACUUCAUGGAAGAGAUCGACAAGGAAAUCAGUGAGAUGAAGCUGUCGGUCAAUGCUCGUGCACGCAUCGUGGCUGAGGAGUUCCUCAAGAAUUUUUAAACCAUCUGGCUGGAUCUUGAGGCCUUCCCCCUCAGACUCCCCCGUGUCUCUGCAAAGGCAUCCUGGAGUUACUCCCUAGAGCGGCGGCGGAGGCAGCAGCAGCAAGCAGCAGCGGCAGAGCGGGGGAGCUGGGUCGGGGUGGGCAUUAGAUGCGGGAGGUGGGUGGUGUGCUUGCUAGCUGGGCAACAAAGCAGCAGUGGACCUGCCCCAAGGCCACAGGUGCCUGGUCAGGCUGGCUUCUGAUGUUCAGUCCCCUGGACUGGGACAGAUUUUUUUUAACGUCUUGAAACUUAAAUUCUGUGCUUGUAGGAGACUGAAACCUUUUUGUCUUUUUUUUUUUUUUUU